AUGGCAUUGGCAUUGCCAAGUUUUAUUGUACUCAGAUCCGAUGAGAAGAACGAAUACCUGGGCUUCAUCCAUGAAAAUGGGAAGUCUGAUGGGUAUCUGGAAUUCUUUGAAACUCAGGCUGUGAGUCCAUAUGCAAAAUUUGAAGGUGAGAUAGUUGCACGAACUGGCAAGGAUCACUUGGUGCACACAAGGAGCUGUCAAAACAAUAAAUACUGGGUACGAACCAAAAAUCUUUCCACCCAUGAAACCCCAAGGGAGGGCUAUUGGAUUGCUGCAACGGCCAACAAACCGGAUGAAGACCAAUUCAAGGAGUCGUCACCUGGUGAUCGCUGCGUGUUGGCAAACUACAAAGUUUUCAAUGGCAAUUCCAGUGAUAUUUUUACAAUCAUUGAUUGGGAGUCAUUGUUGAUUUUGCCUAAGUACGUAGCAUUCAGAGGAAAUGACGGUUAG